AUGGAUAUCGGUCAAAUUUGUCAUUUGACUCCAUCCUGCCGGCUCCGCCAUCAGGGUGGUGAUCGUAAUCGAGCGACUGAGCUCAACGCUGUUGCUUGGACCUGGUUCAGCCUCUCCACCGUCUUCGUUGCCGCCAGGGUGUAUAGUCGUCUCAAACUUACUCGAAACUUCUGGUACGAUGAUCACUUCAUCGUGCUGUCAUGGGCUCUUACACUUGCAUACUCCAUAUUGUACACAGUCCUAGGACAGCUUGGAGGCUGCAGGCAUUUGUACUACUUACAAAUGAACCCAGCGCAAGCGAUCAAGGCCUCUCGAAUCAACUGGAUAACACAACCGGUCACCAUUUACGCUCUGGCGACUGGGAAGAUAUCCGUAGCCUUCCUGAUAAUGCGAAUUAUGGGAAAAAGUAAAUGGCGCAAAGCUUUCCUUAUCUACGGAGCAAUGAUAGGGAGCUUUCUCUUCUGCACAAUUGCCAUCAUCCUUACCUUCGCGCAAUGUCGGCCUGUAACAGCUUUGUGGAAUCCUGAGCUUUCUUUAAUGGGGAAGGCAACGUGUUGGCCACCUCAGAGACAGUCAGACUUUUCGCUGUUCACCGGCAGUUAUCUGGCGUUCAUCGACAUCGCUCUUGCGCUUCUGCCCAUCACCAUCAUGUGGAAUUUGCAGAUGACUCUCAAGAAAAAAAUCGGUAUCUGUUCUGUCAUGGGACUCGGUAUAUUUGCCUGCAUAUGUGCUUGUAUUAAAACAUCCAAGCUGCCAGAACUGAAUGCGCGCUCAGACAUCACUUAUAUCACCGUCACGCUCUGGAUAUGGAAUGCAAACGAGUCCAACGUCGUGAUAGUUGCAGCCUGCAUACCCACCCUCAGGCCUCUCUUCUUAAUCAUCUUCAAGCGCCCCGGUUGGGACAAUUACCGGCAUCGCAAAUCCUACGACCCUAGCUCUGGCAGCCGCGACAGACGGAACCGAGUUGGACGCAUCUCCGCCCCAAUCAGCGACUCGACGACUGCAAUCGGCUACGGUGAGACCGAGGGAAGCUGGAUAGAGUUGGGUCCGGCUCAGCAUAGCUAUCAUGAAGAUGGUGAUAUACGACAGACGCUGGAAUUUGACGUCACGUCACAUAAGAAAACGAGGGCUCUGGAGGAAGAAGAUAUCUUUUCAAUGGCUGGAGGGAACGCACUGUAG